AUGGGGGCGAAGCGCAAGUCGGCUGGAGAUUCCAGAAAGGAGAAGGAAAAACUCCUGAAAUCAGCCUCUUCGGACAAGGUGGACGAAAACCCGCAUAUUCCUCAGUUGGUGGCAUGGCUGAUGACCGACCCAGAUCUUCCUGGGACGGAAAAGAUCUCAGCCACCUUUGCCACAGUGCAUUGCGCGUUCACCGCCUACAAAGAUGUGAGAGCCCAGGUCUAUGCCAACAGAGGCGCUGGCUUAGCAAGCACUCAAACACGCGCUCGUCCCAAUUGCUUUCAUUUUCUUCGACAAGUGACCAUACUGCAGAGAGCUGGUGGCGGUUCAGCAGAGCGACAGUUUGCAGAAUGGAGCAAAGCUAGUGGCAUCGCAAAAGCCUUCAGCAUUGGAAAGGCCGAGUCCGAGGCUGUGUCAGCCUUGAUGACGACCGUGAAGAAGGAGGUGACGGAGCGUCUUUCUGAAGCAGUCCGUGCCCGUGGAAUGCUGAAGUUCUUGCAUCACGAUGUGAUCAGCAACGGCCUGUUCUCAACCAACUUUACUUCGGCCAGUGGAGAAUCUGAAAGUUGGAAGGACCAACUCCGAAACCGAGAGGAUGGACAGCUUGUUGACGCGUUUGUGACGCGCUUGAUUGGUGACUUCGACAAGUCUGCGAAGAGCCUCCGGAAGGCAAUUACUUUCAAGGAGGCGGUCAUCAUUCAUCAGUCCACAGGCUGUUUCCUUCACUUCUUGAAGGCAUUCCAGCAAAUGGCACCAGCAUCCUUCUUUGAUGAGAGCAAGGAAAACUUGUUGAAUCAAUUCAACCAAGGGUUUUUGGACCCCGACCUUUGCCACAUCCUGACUCUGCAAGUCCCGCCGGGAGACAUCAAGUCCGUGGCCGCAUUCAGGCCGCUGGUUGCCAAGAUAGCUGCAAACCUUCGGACCGAGAAGGAAGAAAAGGAGGCAAGGCUUGCUCAAGAUUUGAGACAAGCCGACUACAAUGCUUUGCACGCCAAGCUCACAGCCGAUUUCGAGCUCUUGGAGAUGUCCAGGAAGGGCAAGGAAUUCGUGGAUCAGUGGAUGGCAACGCAUUGCUUGCUCGUGGAUUGUUCGGAGAACAUGACAUCUGCAGUGCAGUCUUUUCUGAAGUUCAAGGAGCAGUUCCGACAAGCAACGGACCAGAAAGGCCCUGCGUGCUACGCAGCUAUGAUCGAUGGUCUGCUGGAGGGUCUGGAUAAGUUCGCGGACUCGGACAAACUACUCUUCGUAGAUGUGCUGCCAAACAGGUUCGCCGAAUGUGGUCGUGCACUUAUUGAUCGAAACUUGAAGGAGUCAGGCAAGACGAUCCAUUACUGUGGCUUCCUUUUGAACGACUUCCAGACCAACUUGGGAGCCUUCAAGACCAUGAUCUACAAUGCCUGGGAUCAGGAUCCUUUGAAAAGCCCUCCCAAGGAACGUCCUCAGAGGCUGGCUGCGGAACGAGCAGCGGCUGCGCCAGAUUUGCAGAUUCUGGCAUGGUCAAGUGGCCGCCCGAUCUUUCCGGCAGCUUUGCUUACCAGGUUCACUGAAGCAUCCCCCGAGUUUCAGAAGAUUCAGGAUUGGAAGAAACGCUUUGACUUGGAGCAUCCAGCACCCUUGAAUUCAGGCAACGCAUCUCAGCCCAAUGCUCCGGCCCGGGCAGGUGGACAUUGUGAUUUCCAAGUUGAUUCCGGACGGAUGCCUCUUGACAUUCUUCGCUGCAUUGAGCUUCCAGCAAUUGCCGCCAGUGAUUUCACUUCUCCGAGGCGAGCUGAGUGCGCUAUGGUUGGCAAAAAACCUGCCAUCGCCAUUACACAAGAUUUCUCACUCUUCAUUGGCAAUACCUCUGACGCAGAGCUGGCGCUGGACGCGGGUGAGUUGUUUGGCUUCGGACGAGGAACGUUUGAUCAGAAGGAGAUCCGUGACCUUACCACUGAGAUUCACGGAGUGGCCUGGCGUCUCGUCGACGACCUUGCACUGGUGUCCUACAACAAACGCAUCACACCCUUGUGCCAAUACCUCCGAACACUGGCUACGGAUCAUGGGCUGUCGGAAGUUGAUCUGCCUGACCACGUUCUGUCUCCAAGGCUCUGCGAGGAACUUCAGUUGGAUGUGGAACGUGUUUUCCGUUCACCGUUUUUCAUUUUUUGCUUUGGGUUUGCAACAUAA